AUGGAUGCUAUUAGUGAUGAUUUUGACAAUGAAUAUGAAGAUAAAUUUGAAGAGUAUCAGGAUGAAGAACAAAAUCAAUCAUUCGUUACGGAAUUGGAAUGUAUUUCACAAAAUUCAAGUCUAAACUCACUCUGUUUGUUUCAAAAUUCUUAUAAUAAAAGUUUGAUUGAUCGUGUAAGGGAAUUUAAAAACGAACUGAAAACAUGUUGUCAAUUAAAUUGGUUGGAAAAAUUUGAUGCUACCAUUCAUUAUCCAAAAAUUGAAUUAAAUAUUCGUUUACAUGGUGCUAUCAGAGAGAAAACAUUGAAAAGUAUUGCUGUGGCAAAAGAUUUUCUGUUUUACGAUAGUCAAACAAAUUUGUAUAUGUCAAAAAAUUAUGAUCAAAUAAUACAAGAUCUAUAUCAAGAUGAUUAUUGCAUGUUACAACGGAUAUUUCAAGAAUUUAUCAAUGAUCAACGUCAACGAUUUGUUGUCUAUACGGAAGUGAUAUUUAUGCCAGAUAUAUUUAAUUUCGAUUUUAAAGAUUCAAAUGUGACCAUUUUUGAUGUUGUUGAAGUCAUUAUUGAUUGUAUCCGAUUUUUUACAUCGUCUGAUAUUACUAAAGUAUCUACAAAUCAACAAAAAUUGGCAACAGCAACAAAUCCCAGACGAUCGUCGGAUCAUUUGUCUAUACUGAACCCAAUAACAUCAUCAUUUAAAUUAGUGCCAGUUUUAAAACAGAACCAAUGGAUAGAAAUGACAUUACCGUUUCAUUGUAAACUAAUAUUAGGUAUAGUCAAAGUUCAUCUGAAAGAACGAGCAGGAGCUUAG